UUUCUACGGCGUACAGAAUGAUGGUGCAGCAGCAGCGUCAGGCCGCGGCUAUAUGCCCCUCAAGAGGACCUAUCGAAGAGUUUCCGGGACAUGUUCUUGUAACGUCACUUUCAUGACAGAUUGUUUUUCGGCCCGGCCUCGCCCAUCAGUCGCCGUGUGCAUAUUGCGCACUGCGAAGAGGCCUUUUGAACGUUUGUGUUAACACAAUUUAAACACUGUGUUUCCAGAAGGGUUUGUUAACUAGUUGUUAGUAACCACAUUUGUACAAGAUCAUCGAGCAGCCGCCUCACGCUUUUCCUGUCUGCACCCCAUCUGUACAUACAUAUUACAUCUUCAAGCAGCAGGCGGAAGAUCGUCUCAUAGCAUAAUGACCUUUCUCCACAAACGCUCCCUGCCCUGGUUAAUCCUUUUAUACAUGUGGUGUGCUACUGCCGGUGCCCUUCAAAAUUCGUCAUCAGAGCCGGAAACUGAGUUUCUGCCCGCUGCCGACGCAUUAUCGGAAGCCAGCAAUGCCGACAACGACGCAGUCAGUGAACUUGCGGACACAAUUCCCGCCGAUCGCGACAUGGGAAAGCGCGAAGUCGAUGGCAGCCUCAGGCCUAAGUUCGGCCAGAACUACAAAUGGAUCGGUUUAGGCAAACGAGACUCCGAAGGCGGGACGCGGUCAAAAUUCGGACAGAACUACAAAUGGAUCGGACUGGGUAAAAGAGAUCCGCGGAUUAAAGUCAGUCCAACGUACAAAUACAUCGGCCUAGGCAAACGCAUGGCGCCCUACUGGAGCAGCCAGUUGUUGACCAAUUUCAAGGAUGUCUUUGGUGAGAAUGACAAACAACCUGCUGCUGGAUCAGUGUCUCGCGGGAGAUUCAUGCGUCCUGUUUAUUCGGUAGUAACGAAAAAGGUCACGCCUGCCGCCGGGGUGGCUGCCGGUGGUGAAAGCAGUGGGACAAUCUUUUCCGAGGAAGAUAUGCCGGUUAUGCAUCCGCAAAUCUUAUCUGGUCAGGGACGUCCUAAUACGCGCGGCGGAGCAUUUGAACCCAUAUACGUUGGCCGGUAUGUCGGCCUCGGACGGCGCUGAGCAAUGCCGAAAAAAUAUGAGUACAGGUGACUCUGUGUUUCCAGAGCAGCAGCCACGGAUGUGAAUUUAUAUCUGCACACCCAUGCUUUCAUUCGUUUGUGGAGUUAUUCCGCAAUACAAAAUACUAUAUUACUGUUGAAAGAAUUUAUAUGACCGUGCUUGUUUGGAAAUUCUGUUAUUUGUCGUUUCACUUCUUUGCAUUACUAUUGCUGUUUGUUCGUAUUCAACAUGGCCUCUGUAUAAUGCUCUUGCACUUAAUUUGCAGCGGAUGCGGAAUAAAUAUUUUAGCGGC